CUUUAAAAUGUUAAACAAACUUUCUUCCUUUGAGAAAGAAUUUAUUUUAGACGGCGUCCAAAAGGACAUCCGUGCAGACGGGAGAUCUUGUUUUGAUUACCGUCACUUGACCAUUGAAACGGGAGUUUUAUCAAAUACAAGCGGUUCUUCCCGUUUACGUCUCGCCGCCACCGACGUUUUAGUCGGCAUUAAAGUAGAGUUAGGGCGUCCUCUGCCAGGCCAAGAUGAAGGACAAAUUUUAUUUUCGGUUGAAUGUUCUACUAGCGCCUCUCCAGAGUUUCAGGGACGAGGUGGAGAUCUUUUAAGCGCUUGUUUAACGAGAUGUUUAGAAAGAAUGAUUGCUAACAAAAAGGCCAUCGAUAUGAAUAAGCUUAUUAUUAUCCCCGAAAAACAGUGUUGGAUUAUUUACGUUGACACAAUGAUUUUAGUUAACGGCGGAAACGUCCUUGAUGCCAUAUCGCUCGCUAUUAGGGCUGCUCUGUUGGAUGUAAAAAUCCCUGAAAUUUCUGUCGUUGAGGAUGGCGAUAACUACGAACUCGAGAUCUCUGACAAUCCUCAAGCAUGCCAAACUUUGGAUCUUGGAAGUUGGCCUGUUCUCGUGACUCUUAGCGAGAUCGGAAGUAAGUUUAUCGUCGACGCCAGUAUAGAGGAGGAGUGCUGCACGGUGGGUCGCGUGACGUUCGGUGUUAACAAAGAUGGAAGUAUCAUGUGUACGCAAAAGGCUGGAAAAGGCACUGUUGAUCCGACCAUCUUGCCAGAAAUGUUAAAGAUCGCUCUGUCCUUCGGAAAGGAGUUAAUAACAAAUUUAGACGAAAAAGUCAAGCUGCAGAGGGAGCUAGAGGAGCGCGGUGGAUACCAAAAGCUCGGUUUCCUGGGAUCCGCUUACUAACAGCCUCACCGCAACCCUCUAAAAUAAAAGUUUCA